AUGUUGCCAAUGUCCAUCUCCAAUCUCAAUGCUGCCGAGCAGACAUUCACUUUCAGUGCCGGUGUCUCGAUGAAAUGGUUCGACAACAAUCUAGCUUGGAACAAAACUGUGUAUGAUGAUAUUGAAAACGUGACCAUCUCUGCAGCCUACGUGUGGACACCUUCCGUGAUCAUCCCUAACGGUAUUGACAACGUUGUACCGACUUCAGUACAAUCACCGGGAAUUCAGAGUACAGGAGAAGCAAGACUUCUAUUCCUUGAAAGUUUCAAGACCAGUUGUCAAAUAGACAUCACUCUGUACCCGUUUGAUCAGCAGCGAUGUAGUAUCCUAUUCACGCCUGUCAAUAGUUACAAGUUUGGAAUACAAAAGACUGGUUCUUUUAUAGAGUUCCUUCCGACCUUCUUCAUUGAGAACAGUGAGUGGGAUUUAGUUGACGUACUUGCCAAUGUUGUAGACGUCCAAAUGGAACAUAUAUCAAGUGUUGCGUCGUUUGAUUUUCUACUCAAACGCAAGAGCAUGUUCUAUGUAGUGAGUAUCAUCUUUCCUAUGGCUCUUCUCUCUCUGCUCAACGCCUGCGUGUUCCUCCUACCAGCUGAUUCGGGAGAGAAGAUGUCCUACCUCAUCUCAAUAUUUGUGUCCUAUGCAGUGUUCAUGAACUUCGUCAAUGACUCGAUCCCCAAGUCUGGAGACGUGUGUCGACUGUCUGUGUACCUGACCCUCAUCCUCUGUCAGAGCUGCCUGGCUAUCAUCACCACCAUGGCCACACUCAACGUCCGCAAUAACGAGUUCUUAUUUCAGACGAAGACAGAUGCUCAGCCAGCGAACGCUAAGUUAAACAACAACAGCACAGCACGCCUGCAUGUGGUGUGUGCGUCAAAGGCCCGCCGUGCAGACCACGUAUUCUUUGGGGUGUUCCUGUUUCUGGCACUGAUGUCCCUGCUGGUGUUUUGUGUAUAA